AUGAUGAGCGCCCUAGGGCUUUCCCACGAUACUGGCGGCCAUGUUCUGGAAUCUUAUUAUCCAUAUGAUUAUCGUGAUUCCGCCCGACCCACAGAUAUCCUUACUCAGACACUGGGAUUGAUAGGAUAUGCUGUGAUUACUCUCGAAGCAGACCGGCACGGAAAUGGAGUCCAUCAGGCUACAGUAGCGCCAUCUGAUCUCCAAGUGUUUGCAAAAUUGGCGAAUGCCUCGCAAAUUACCUAUGCGCCUUUGAUUUUCAUCACCAAACUAUCCAUUUUCCUUCUCUACCUGCGCGUCUUCGCACCGUCACGCCAGGGUAAAACGUACUGGGCGAUCCAUCUGCUGAUCUGGUUUAACCUUUUGUUCUACCUGGCGAACUUUUUCUUGAAGAUAUUUGAAUGCAUCCCACGGGCUAAAAUCUGGGAUAGGAAGAUUCCAGGCCAUUGUAUCAACAUCAACAUUCCUAUUUUGGUUACAUCUAUCAUCAAUGUCGUUUCGGACCUCCUGAUGCUCUUCUUGCCGAUUUUCUGCGUCUGGCGAUUAAAGAUGACAAAAAAGAAAAAGUUGGGGAUCUCGGCAAUUUUUGCAGCUGGAAUCUUUGGCUGUCUAUCUAGCAUAAUGCGUCUUGUCGUGAGUGUGAGGAACAGUUCUACCCAAGAUAAAACACAUGACUGGUAUCCCGAGUUCCUAUGGACAGCCGCCGAAGUCACCUGCGGAAUUCUCGCCAGCUGUCUGCCAGCAAUACCAACCUUCUUCCGACACUUCUUUCAUAAAGCCAAAACGCUAUUCUCCGAUAUGAGCACGCGAGGCUCUAGCCAGCCUAGGAGCUGGGAAAAACCAAGAGAAAUGUACAGUCUCUCACGCGGAGGCCGAAAACGAAAAGUGGGAGUAACCGAUGAUCUUAUCCUCACGGAGCCGGUCAAUGACUUUGGGCAUGGCCCUGAUGACGACCAAACCCAGAUCUUCCGGGGACCAGCUUAUACAAAGUCCGAAGCCAGGGUAGAGGGUAGCAGGAGCCCUAUGGAAAGAGACCUUCAUGAAGGGCCGAGGAUGGAGGAUGGCAACCACCAAGGGAUAUUGAAGAUUGUCGAGGUCGAUCCAACAACCAUCGUCGUCGCCAACCGCCUGUCCCUCCUCACAACCGUCGAGAUGGCCCAAGAACGCUCCGGAAUCGUGGUUGGUCUCAACAAGGGCCACAAAACCACCCCCCUCCACACCCCCAAGACCCGGAUCAGCCGUACCAAGGGCCAGUCCUCUCGCCGCACCGCUUUCGUCCGCGAGAUCGCCCGCGAGGUCGUCGGUCUUGCUCCCUAUGAGCGCCGCAUUGUCGAACUCCUGAGAAAUACUCAGGACAAGAGGGCUCGCAAGCUCGCCAAGAAGAGGCUCGGUACCUUCUCUCGCGGCAAGAAGAAGGUUGAGGACAUGCAGCGGGUCAUCGCCGAGGCUCGUCGUGUUGCUGCUCACUAA